AUGCUGCAGGACCCGCAGUCCAAGGGCUGCACUGAGCUUUGCGCAAAUGCCUGUGCGGCAGGCUGGGCUUGCGGGAGGACAUUGUCGAAUUGUGUCAUUGCCUCGGAUCAGAAGCUAGAUCAAAACAUGUGCCGGAGCAACAGCCAGGCUGGAUUCCAGGGCACUUUUGAACAACGGGCCAAAUCCCUCGUUGCUCUCUGGACCAUUGAGAACCGCUGCUCAAGCAAUGAGCCCAAAGUGUGUAAUAAGAAGCAGCAAUCAUGA